AGGCGGAGGAUUUGCCAUGACGGAGAAAGGCGGCUGACGGUGAGAGCCCAGGCUCCUUUGUGGAUAACGCGGCGCCUGUCUGCGUGCGAGGCGAGCUCCACGCCACAUCUCAACCCCCGACAAGGAGCGGAGAGCUGCUUCUCGCGUCUGACAUGGCGAAAGAAGGCGCGGAUAUGACAGAGGAGACCGAGUACAUGAUUGACAAAAAUGCCAAGAAGGAGGCGGGGAGCGUGGAAUUUGCCGGGAGCACGAAAGAAAUGAGAGCGGUGAUGCUGGCAGGUUUUGGAGGUCUGAACAAACUCCGGGUGGCCAAGAAGCCAAUGCCCGAGCCUCUGGAUGGGGAAGUAAAGAUCCGCGUCAAAGCAUGCGGCUUGAAUUUUCUGGAUUUGAUGGUUCGUCAGGGGACCAUUGAUAAUCCUCCGAAACCCCCCCUUGUCCCUGGAUUUGAGUGCUGUGGAAUAGUGGAGUCAGUGGGUGAGAACACAAAAGGAUUUGAAAUAGGGGACAGAGUUAUGGCUUUUGUGAAUUAUAAUGCCUGGGCAGAGGUGGUUUGCACGCCAGUGGAUUUUGUCUACAAGAUGCCAGAUGAAAUGACUUUUGCUGAGGCUGCGGCGUUCUCCCUGAACUUUGUGGCUGCCUAUAUGAUGCUCUUUGAAGUUGCAAAUCUGCGAGAGGGGAUGUCAGUGUUGGUCCACUCGGCAGGAGGUGGUGUUGGUCAAGCUGUGGCUCAGCUCUGCUCCACUGUACCAAAUAUAACUGUGUUUGGAAUCGCCUCCUGUUUUAAGCACGCCGCUAUUAAAGACUCUGUGACUCAUCUCUUUGACCGAAACACUGACUACACGCAGGAAGUCAAAAAGAUCUCUCCAGAUGGCGUUGACAUUGUGCUGGACUGCCUGUGUGGAGAGAACACAGGGAAAGGCCUCAGUCUGCUCAAGCCACUUGGAACUUAUAUCCUCUAUGGCGCGUCAAACAUGGUAACUGGGGAAACAAAGAGUUUCUUCAGCUUUGCAAAAUCUUGGUGGCAGGUGGAGAAGGUGAAUCCCAUUAAACUUUACGAGGAAAACAAAGUCAUUGCCGGCUUCUCACUCCCCAACCUCCUUUUCAAACAAGGGAGGUCUGGUCUCGUGAGGUCAGUGAUGGACAAACUUUUGUGCCUCUUUGAACAGAAGAAAAUCAAGCCUGUAGUCGACUCCUUGUGGGCGCUGGAGGAGGUAAAAGAAGCCAUGCAGAGAAUUCAUGACAGAGGCAACAUAGGAAAACUCAUUCUGGAUGUGGAGAAGUCUCCAACCCCACUGAUGGCCAACGACAGCACAGAGACCAGUGAAGCAGGAGAGGAAGAAGAGGAGCCAGAGGGGGAUAAUGACAGCAAGGAGCGAAUGCCUUUCAUCCAUUAGAGUCCACAAACACCACCGUGGGAUACCUAGAGACUGCACAGAUUCACCACAGAGGAACACAACCACACACAAGUGUGUAUGUCUGCAUGUGCUGUGUACAUGUAUGCAUGAAUGUGUGUAUGUAAAAUAAGUGUCUGUCUGUCUGUUAUCUAUUAACUGUCAGUUUAUUGAUCAAGCAAAGGGGAAAUGGAGAAUAGCAACCGGAUUACAGCCAGGAAACAAGUGCGUAAGCCAUUCUGAAGCCAUUGUUGUGUUGCUGAACUAUGCUGUAAUACAAAAAGGCCCAUGCACAGUUUAUAAUUUGUAGCAUUUGCCAACAGAAUACUGAACUAAAAACAAGAUAAAUAAGCUUCUGUUCUUGCUGAGAUACAGUCAUCACCUCAUGUUAAGCACUCCAAUACAUUCAUGUAUGUAGGGAAACACACGAGUCAUAUAUGCUGAUGGUAAAGUUCCAUUUUCUUCUGUCCUCUGUGUGGAUAAAUAUAAAAAGACCAAACUACUUAAAUACAGUUGAGAAAAUUUUACUUGGAGCUUAAUACUGGACCACUGGACUAAAUCACUUUUAUAUUAUAAUGAUUGCUGUAUGUCGAUAUUUGCAUGGAAUUUUAGUUUUACCUGUCAACCUUGAGAGAUUGUAGUAUCACCAGUGCCUUUGAGCCGCAGUGUGUUUAAUCAUUGAAAAACUGUCAGUAUAUACAAUUUACCAUGGCAUGAUAGCUCUGUUUGCUGGAUCGCUACUUCAGUCAUUCUGUCAGGGAAGUAUCAAACAAAGUAUUGCAUCCACUCAUUGCACAUUUGACAGUAUUUAAAUUUUUACCUUUUUAAGUCAAAUAUCAGAAUAUAAAUAGAUACAACGUAAAGUGUGAUAGUAACAACUGCAGUCUGAUUGACCAAAUUGAUUGACCAAACAUCUUGGUGCCUCACAAACAAAAGUGCCAUACGACAAGGUAUCUGCCCAUUGUUUUAUGUAAUAUAAAUAAAUAGAAAUAUGCCUCUCCACGCAUACUUUUAGUUUUCAGUAUUUGCUCCGACUUGCACAAUAUAUAUGUUACAUAUUGACAAACUCUUUAUGUCAUUCAUAAUUUUACACAAACGAGUGUAGGAAACAGUAUUUUUCAAACAAUGUUGAAGCCAGUGUUUUACACCCUAUAAAUGUAAAACUUUCAUUGUACAAAUUCCCUAAUAACCCAGCUAUCCGGCUUUUACAGCAAACACUACAACUUGGGAGACAGCGUUUCUGGUCAAUUGAUAAGCAGAUUUGUAGUUCUUCAGAAAUGCCUCAAAGUUUAGAAGCUUUUAAUGUUAGGUCUGUUUUCGCGUGUUUGUGUGAGAGUGUGUGUUUUUCAUUGUGCGUAGUCAUCCUAUAAAAGAAAAAGCAAAACGUGUGGUUCAGCAUUGUAAUGUAUUCACAAAAUUCCUCUCAAGCUGGUUUACCUGUGGUUGCAUAUUUUUGUCACAUUUUUUGUUGUGUACUUUCUUUGAAAAAAGCUCUGUUUACUUGAAUAAAUCUAUCUGCAAAGUAUGUCUUCACUGUGUUGUUGUUUUUAUAGAGUAAUAACUGGAUGAUAUGCUUUUUGUGCACA